AGUGUCGCUCUUGGCUGUAUGAACCAUGUUGACCCACUACUCCUGCACAACUAUGCAAUCCGAAUGGUCACACCCAGCGCCUGAGGUACUUAUGUCUUUCCUCUUCCCUGCAAAGCCAUUUGGACCGAGAGAAAUUGCAGUAGUAAAAAUGCGUUGCCGAAUCAGUGUGCCAAUAGGAUUACAUGUUCAGUGCCGAGAGACCGCGUCAUGUAGCGAAUUGCAGCAUGGAUGAAGUCCGAGUCGCUACAUAGUUACUUGUUUGCAGCUGUUGAAUC